UACUCGCAUUGGUCGCGCGUCGUUAUCACACAGGUUUCUACAAUCGUUUACCCAAUUUAUCCGAUUGAUAUUUGCCUACGCCUCGCCCUAGCUCAAUACGCAUAGCCGCCUACUUCUGAAAAGCUUCCACUAAAACCCUAAUUCACCCAUUCUCUCUCUGUUCAGGUAAAAAUUUGGCCUAAAUGAGAGGAAGGAGUUACAGCCCAUCGCCACCAAGGGGCUAUGGUAGAAGGGGUCGCAGUCCUAGCCCUAGGGGACGUUAUGGUGGUGCUGGUGGUCGUGGUGCUAGAGAUCUUCCUACUAGCCUUCUAGUGCGUAAUCUUCGCCACGAUUGCAGGCCCGAAGACCUCCGCAGGCCUUUUGAACAGUUUGGUGCACUCAAGGACAUUUACUUACCUAGGGAUUAUUAUACUGGGGAACCUCGUGGUUUCGGUUUUGUUCAAUAUUCAGAUCCUCAUGAUGCUGCUGAGGCGAAACAUCAUAUGGAUGGUAGGGUUCUCCUUGGUCGGGAACUGACAGUUGUGUUUGCAGAGGAGAAUAGGAAGAAGCCGGUUGAUAUGAGGGCAAGGGAGCGAGGGAGGGGCCGAUUUCGUGAUCGAAGGCGAUCCCCACCACGUUAUUCACGCUCACCUCGCUAUUCUCGUUCCCCACCUCCACGCAAUGCAAGAUCUCGGUCUCACAGUCGUGAAUAUUAUUCCCCUCCUAGAAGACGUCAUUACUCAAGAUCUGUUUCACCACAAGAGAAGAGGUAUAGUCGAGAGAGGUCAUAUUCUCGUUCAAGGAGCCACAGUAGAACUCCAAAUAGGGGUCAAAGCCAGAGCCCAAGAAGCAGAAGCCGAAGCCGCAGCCGCAGCCCAAAGAGAAGCAGAAGCCGCAGUCUAAAUCAUGAUGAAUACCCUGGCGAACCAAAUGGGGUUAGGUCUCCUAGUCGGUGAGCUACUGGGAGGGAACGACUGUAAUGCUGCUUGUGUUCUGGAUCAUGUUCUUUUCGUUGAUGUGGGUGAUCUAUGUUUUGUUGUUUGUUGUUUUUAACUUCAUUGGAUGCUUUUUUUGUUCUUGCAGUAAAUGUGUGGGAAAAAUUUGUUGGCUUAGUAAUAGGUUAUUGCCAUAUAUUUUUGUCUAGCAGAAUAGUUAACAUUUGAACAUUUGAUUGCUAUCUAAGUAAUCUGUUUGGCUGGGCGGUUUUAUGACAAUAUCUUUUGCUGAA